GGCUCGGCUCGGACAGAAAGCGCCAGUCAGCAGUGAGCCGCCGUGAGACAACGCGCGUGCCUCGCUCAUCGCUCGAGACAAGUUAACCUCAACAAGUUCUAACCGCAUCAGAAGCAUUCACAUGCACGGCGACAGAAUGCCCGAAAGGUGUGUAAAGAAAAUUGGCAAGGACAUUAGGAACCGCUGGUCAUUGGCGGCCGAUAAGUUUUAUGUCUUGGGAGAGGCAGCAUUUGAUGAGAAAUCAGCAACGUACCGGGUCAGCGACCCUUCAUCUAUGGUGGAGAAUUGGGAAGUCCUCACUCCAAAUGGGCGGAAGGCCGCCCUUGUGGCAUUGAUGGAAGUAAUUAUAAAUGUGAGCAUUAUGAGAUAUAGUUAUAAUGUACCCAUAGCUUAUGUAUUAGAAACAAAACAGUUGAAUCAAAAGCAGUUAAUAAGAUAUUUAAAUUUGUUCUGCACCUUAGCAUAUUUUAUUACAAUAGCUAUUUGUAAAUGUCAAGAAGUCAAUUGAUACAUUAAAAAAGAAGGCUGGAUGCCUACAUUUACAGUUAAAUUCAUUCAUUUGUGCAUGACACAUGAUUAAAUAUCACUUCAUUCUUCAUACCCCUUUUGGGUGUGAGGUGUGUGUGAUAGAAGCAAAUUACCUGACGCUGAAAUUGCACCUUAAAAUCCAUAUUCAGAAGUUUGAAGGUUAUGCAAAUCAAGGUUUUUAUAAACUUUCUUCUAUGAAAUCUUGUCCCUGUUUGUACAGUAAAAUGCCCAGGUAAAAUGUCAUAGGUGAUUACUUUAAUCUUUCGUGUAAAGUCCUAUUUUGUGUCAUUGAAUUACUCUCUUCAAGUAUGAUCAGGCUUUAUAAAAUCGUCAAAGUCAAAAGUA